CUGCAUAAAAAAUAUUGGACGACAACAUGGGCGAUGUGGACAAAUGGAUAGAGAUUGUAAAGGAGUGCAAGUACCUGCCCGAAAAUGAACUGCGAAAGCUCUGUGAUAUGGUCUGCGACAUCCUGCUGGAGGAGACGAACAUACUGCCAGUGAGCACGCCCGUCACCGUCUGUGGCGACAUACACGGCCAGUUCUAUGACUUGGAGCAGCUGUUCCGGGAGGGCGGCCAGGUGCCGGACACAAACUACAUAUUCAUGGGCGACUUCGUGGAUCGGGGCUACUAUAGCCUGGAGACAUUCACCCGCCUGCUGACGCUCAAGGCGCGCCACCCCAGCCGAAUCACACUGUUGCGCGGCAACCACGAGACGCGGCAGAUCACCAAGGUGUAUGGCUUCUUUGACGAGUGCUUUGGCAAGUACGGCAACACGAAUGGCUGGAAAUACUGCUGCAAGGUCUUCGAUCUGCUCACCAUAGCUGCGAUCAUUGACGAGGAGGUCUUGUGCGUGCACGGCGGCCUCAGUCCCGAGAUUAUAACCCUGGAUCAAAUCCGAACCAUCGAGCGAAACGGCGAGAUACCGUACAAGGGAGCCUUCUGUGAUCUGGUCUGGUCCGACCCGGAGGACAUGGAGUACUGGGGCCAGAGUCCGCGCGGCGCCGGCUGGCUCUUUGGCCACAAUGUCACCAAGGACUUCAUGGCCAUCAAUAAUCUCGAUCUGAUCUGUCGCGCCCAUCAGCUGGUCAACGAGGGCAUCAAGUACAUGUUCGAUGGCAAGCUGGUGACCGUGUGGUCGGCGCCAAACUAUUGCUACCGCUGCGGGAACGUGGCAGCUAUCCUCAGCUUCGAGACGGCCCAGCAACGGUCCACGAAGAUCUUCCUGGCGGUGCCCGACGACGAGCGUGUUAUACCCAAGCAGAAUACGACGCCCUAUUUCCUCUAAAACCACCCUCCACACACAGAGCUGUGGUAUUUGCUUCUACUCAGGAUUGGGUCAGGAGUGGCUUCGCAGGAGGAGGAGGAGGAGGAGCCAGUUCAUCCAGCCAAUUGUCAACCCAACACAAAAGCCCCAAACAAAACGCCAUUCGCCAGCAGCCGCCUUUACACCUGCAGUUUGCUCCAACCCAUCCAUCAAUCGGGGCAACACACAUAUCUCGCGGAACAUCACGUCUGUUCCAUCCCACGGUGCGGAGUGAGGGAGGGAGGGAGAGAGGGAGGAGCAAACGCCUUUAUCUAUAUAGACAUACAUAUAUUAUACAUAAAUAAGUAUACAUAUAUACACAUAUAGAUUCAUUCAAAUGUGGAUUCCAAUCUUAUUUAUUUCUGUGAGCAAAAACCAAAUUGCACUUACAACUUUUUGUACAUUUUUUAACGAUAUUUACGCUACAACAACAACAACAACAAACCCCCUAUGUUUCCCCCAACAACAACAACAACAGCAGGAAUAAGAGGAAUACAUUUUGAUGUGAGAAACAAAGUUUCCCCCAAAAACCAAA